AACUUCAGUGUCACUCUUCCAGGUGUUAGGUUGAGCGUACCUCAUGCUAAUGAUAUCGGCCUGGAAGCAGUGGUGCUGCAGUACACCGACUGGAUGGAUGAGAACAAUGAGAUAAAAAAUCGUGAUGCCAUGGAUGACAUUGUCGGUGACCACAACGUCAUCUGCCCGCUGGCCCACUUCGCUCGCUCUUAUGCACAACACAAUGCCCUCAAGGCUAACGUGGGUGGCAUCAACUUUGGUGGGGUGAACAGUGGAAACUCACAAGGAGGGAUGUAUCUUUACCUUUUCGAUCACCGGGCAUCCAAUCUGGCCUGGCCAGAAUGGAUGGGGGUGAUCCAUGGCUAUGAGAUUGAAUUUGUUUUCGGGCUGCCACUGGUGAAGAGGCUCAACUACACCCGAGAUGAGGAGAAGCUAAGCCGACGUAUGAUGAAAUAUUGGGCCAACUUUGCUCGGACUGGGUGAGGCCACAAAAAAAAAACUACCUAUGGAAUCAGGGUCUAUGUCCACGUCCAGUCUUUUUUAUGCAAAUGCACCUCAGCAGCCAUGUUUUUCAGUCAAAAUAAAUAAUGCAGGAAAAGCUGUAUGAGUAAGCAGCCCUUUAAUUCCUGUGAGACUGCAGGUUAAUGAGUCUUGACAUGAAUUUGGAGGCACAGAGAGCUUCUCCUGACAGUUAACCCUCAUGCUACUUGGCUUAAAGGAAAGGCUUUAAUAAGUAAAUGUUAAUGCUGCGAGGUACACAGUGGGGGAAAUUAAAUUAUUUGAUCUCCUUUUGAAAUUGUAUCCAGUUACAAAGAAUUGAGAAAGCUACAAUUUAUUUUAAUAGUAGCAUAAACUGUCAGCAAAAACAAAACAUUCUGUAACAGUUGCAAAUUCAUGUGCAUUUUAGUGAGUGAUCAGUAUUUAAUCAGCUUGGAAGACAAUUCAGUACUUGGUGGAAUGACUGCAGCAAGAAACACUGUCAGACAUUUCCUGUAUUCAAUUCAGUUUUAUUUAUACAGCGCCAAAUCACAACAACA